AAGAAAAAGGAAAAUGGAAGAAAUAGCGUCUCUACAUUGGAAGUCGCAAAGAGCAAGUAGAUUCUCGCAGUCUUCUUCUAGACUUCUACCGCCCUGCUCGCAAGUCUCGCCGCGUCUCAAUUCAAUCGUAUGAACCUGACGAACACCAUAUCAGGAUGAGCAUCCAGGAAGUCAUCGAUGUCGCUCGCAAUUUCGCCGUCAUGGUUCGAAUUCAAGGCCCUGACCCGAAGGGCCUGAAAAUGCGAAAGCACGCAUUCCACUUGUACAAUUCUGGAAGAACUACAUUGUCAGCGUCUGGAAUGCUUUUGCCAAGCUCACUUGUGAAUGCUUCAGUGGCCAAGCAGAAUGUGGGUGAAGGCAAUUUGCAAUCUAUGGGAGGUUAUGUUUUGGUUAUGACUGUUGCAUCUGUUAUUGAGCCAUUUCUUUCACAGCAGCAUAGAGACAACAUGUCAAAGCUGGAUAAACCAACGUUGAUACCUGGUGCUCAGAUUGACAUUUUGACGGAGGGUAAGGAGGCUUAUGCAACGGAAAACAAGGAGGUUCUGCAUUGGCUGCCAGCUGAACUUCUUAAAUUGGUUGAUGUGGCUACAUCAUCUACUGCUGUCCAAUCUCUGAUUGAAGCUUCUUCUGGUUCAAAUGGUUCAAUAGAGCACGGGUGGGAAGUUGGUUGGUCUCUAGCUUCGUAUGGAAGUGGUCAUCAAUCAUUUAUGGAUUCUGCACGGAAGCAGGUCGAGCAAGCUUCUUUCCCAAGCCAAACGUAUACUGUGGUGGCAGAAUCUAGCAAUCCAAGUUUGAUGGGCAAAUCAACAACCAGAGUUGCUAUUCUCAGAGUUUCUUCCACUGAGUAUGAGGGUCUUCCGGAAAUAGGCACGUCUCAUUUUAAUAAGAGGGGAGAUCUUCUUCUGUCAAUUGGUUCUCCUUUUGGCAUCUUAUCUCCUAUUCACUUUUUUAACAGUGUAUCUGUGGGAUCCGUUGCCAACAUUUACCCAUCUAGCAACUCACAAAGAUCAUUGUUGAUGGCUGACAUCCGGUGUCUUCCUGGAAUGGAAGGUAGCCCAGUUUUUGGGAAACAUGCAGAACUUAUAGGUAUCCUAUCAAGACCAUUAAGGCAGAGGACUAGUGCUGCUGAAAUUCAGAUGGUUAUCCCUUGGGAAGCUAUUGCAUCUGCAUGCAGUGAUAUGCUGGAGAAGCAGCCUCAAAAUACCUGGAAUGGCAUCAACCAUGACAAUGGAUUCUUGAGUGCUGUGGGAAUGGGGACCGAGGGUGGAUCCAUAAAGGACAUCCAUGGGUAUCUCUGUGCAGGUCCCCCACCAUCAUCCUCAAUUGACAAGGCAACAGCUUCUAUUUGUCUUAUUACUGUUGAUGAUGGAGCAUGGGCCUCUGGUAUUUUGCUCAACAAACAAGGUCUGAUCCUUACAAAUGCUCAUCUUCUGGAGCCAUGGAGAUUUGGAAAGGCAUCUGCAAAUGGUGAAGUACCUAAGACCAAACCCAAGGUUGUUUUUACACCAUAUGAUCAAUGCAAACAUCCAGGUGACAAAAAAGUUAGCAUCAACAGUAGGGAUCAAGGUUUACCGCAAACAGGAAUGGAACCUGUGGAUUUUUCUCUUAAGAGAAGGCACAAAGGGUUUAGAGUCAACCCGGAAAGGUCAGGCAAUAGGAAUAUACGUGUACGCUUGGAUUUUAUGGAUCCUUGGAUAUGGACCAAUGCGAAGGUUGUUCAUGUUUCCAAAGGACCACUGGAUGUUGCACUACUGCAACUUGAGAUUGUUCCAGAUCAGCUGUGCCCCGUUGUUAUGGAUUUCACUUGCCCCUCCCCUGGAUCAAAGGCAUAUAUUCUUGGACACGGUCUAUUUGGACCACGAUGUGACUUCCUUCCAUCUGCUUGCCUUGGUGUGAUAGCUAAGGUAGUUGAAGCAAAGAGGUCUAUGCACUAUCAGUCCACUCAACAAACAUAUUUUCCUGCAAUGCUUCAAACAACAGCUGCUGUCCAUCCCGGUGGUAGUGGUGGAGCAGUUGUCAAUUCGGACGGGCGAAUGAUUGGCCUUGUGACAAGCAACGCCAAACAUGGUGGAGGAACUGUUAUACCGCAUUUGAACUUCAGUAUACCGUGUGCAGCUUUGGAACCUAUCUUCAAGUUCUCUGAAGAUAUGCAGGAGUUAUCCCUGCUGGAGUAUCUCGACAAACCAAAUGAGCAGCUAUCUUCUGUGUGGGCAUUGGCACCGCCUUUAUCAUCCAAACUAGGCCCCUCUUUACUCGACCUACCUCUACUUCCUCAAGACGGUGGUACUAAAGAUAUAAAGGGCUCCCGAUUCGCCAAGUUUAUGGCUGACAGAGAUGAACUGCUGAAAAACACACCCCAACCUGACAAACCCGAAGGCUCUCAAACUAAAUUCAUUUCCAGCAAGUUAUGAUAGUCCAACCCCUCUGAACAAACAAAAAGUUUCGAUACCACUGUUCAGAUUCCAUUCCUUGUUGGGAUUGAAACACAAAUUGUAUCUUUGGUUGUACUCAUGAAGCAUCAUCGAUUGGAGGAAGAUUGGAUAUGCGGUGGUUUAAUUUGUAGCAGCCGCCUGAAUGUUAGCAGUAGAGCAAACCAAACCACAUAUGAGAGAUGAACACUGUACUAUAGUAGCAAAAACAGGGCUUUCUUUAUAUUCUUAUUGUAAUGUCAUUGUCAAAUAAAGGGAGGGGAAAUAUGCUUUUGUGUCUAUUGUAAUUUGUACAUUGGUGAUGGCGUGAUGCAGUAGAUGUUUGUUAUACAGGUCUGGGUUCAUGGAGUGCUCUUUCCAUUCAUAUAUUA